UGAGAUCUGUCAUGGUGCCCAUUCUAUAGAUGAAGAAACUGGGACACAGAGAGACUACAGAGUAUGCAGCAGACCAAGAAUUUGAACCCAGGCUUGUCUGGACAGUCUGUAGUCUUCCCAUGAACUCACAAAGUCAAUAUACAGCCUGUGACCUUGUGAGGCUGGCAUGCAGGAUGGCAGGACAGCCCAGCCACAUGCCCCGUGGAGGGAGUCCAAACAACCUCUGCCAUGCACUGGGACCUGUGCCCCCUCCAGACCCACAGAGACACCCCAACACCCUAUCUUUUCGCUGCUCACUGGCGGACUUCCAGAUUGAGAAGAAGAUUGGCCGAGGACAGUUCAGUGAGGUUUACAAGGCUACCUGCCUGCUAGACAGGAAGACAGUGGCUCUGAAGAAGGUACAGAUCUUUGAGAUGAUGGAUGCCAAAGCCAGGCAGGACUGUGUCAAGGAAAUUGGUCUUCUAAAGCAACUGAACCAUCCAAACAUCAUCAAAUAUCUGGACUCAUUCAUCGAAGACAACGAGCUGAACAUUGUUCUGGAGUUGGCUGAUGCAGGUGACCUCUCACAGAUGAUCAAGUACUUCAAGAAGCAGAAGCGGCUUAUUCCUGAGAGGACUGUGUGGAAGUACUUUGUGCAGCUGUGCAGCGCUGUGGAGCACAUGCAUUCCCGACGUGUGAUGCACCGAGACAUCAAGCCCGCCAACGUGUUCAUCACAGCUACGGGCAUUGUGAAGCUCGGCGACCUCGGCCUGGGCCGCUUCUUCAGCUCGGAGACCACUGCAGCCCACUCACUAGUGGGAACACCAUACUACAUGUCACCAGAGAGGAUCCACGAGAAUGGUUACAACUUCAAGUCAGACAUCUGGUCUCUAGGCUGUCUGCUGUAUGAGAUGGCAGCUCUCCAGAGUCCCUUCUAUGGAGAUAAGAUGAAUCUCUUUUCCCUCUGCCAGAAGAUCGAGCAGUGUGACUAUCCACCUCUCCCAGGGGAGCACUACUCUGAGAAGCUCCGGGAACUGGUCAGUAUGUGUAUCUACCCUGACCCCAACCACCGACCUGAUAUCGGAUAUGUGCACCAGGUGGCUAGGCAGAUGCAUGUCUGAACAUCCAGCACCUGAAUGUGGCAUGCCUCAUCAAAGCCAAACACCACUUGUCUUACUUGAGUCCUCUCCCCAAGUGGCACCAGGAAGCCCCCACAGCCAAGACCAGAGGGCUCAGCAUGCUACCAAAGGCAGCCUCUGCCUCUGCCACUGAGUUGAAAGCAUGCUACCAAAGGCAGCCUCUGCCUCUGCCACUGAGCUGAAAGCAGCUGGGUUAUGGUCAAUCUCCAAAGUCCUUUCUUUGAACUGUUGCAGACAAUCUGAGCUGGGCUAUUAGUUGGGGGCUUGGCAGUCACUGAAUCCCCUUUACCAACUGAAAUGUGAACCUCUGCCUGGUUUCUUCAGACCUGUCCAGGCCCACACUGUCAGACUUGCAGGGAACGGGUGACUGGUGUGUGUCAGUGUUUGCAAACAGUUAACACCAGUUGGUUUAGUUCUUGGGACCUUUCCAUACAACCAGACUAUGUACUUCAUUUACUCUCUUGUAAGGGGAUACAAUAGAAAUAAUGGUUUAGAGUAGAGGUUCGCUAAUAACUUUCUCUGUAUUAUAUAACUUGAGUGACAGUGAGGAGCACCUAGCAUCGGGACAUUGAGAUGCAUGGUGUCUGGGAGACAGGAAAGUCCUCCUCUUCUGAACCCUGCCAUAUACCAUUGCCUCCUGGAAUGCUAUGGCUCACUGUAGAGUAAGUUUGCAUCAUUUUCAUCCAUGGGAGAUAGCAAGAAAAACCCAAGAGCUUUGCCUUCACACGGGUCUUUACAAAUUCUGAUUCUAUAUCCUUCUAGUAUGACUUGGGCAAGUUUGUUGGCCUUUUUGACAGUAUCUAAAACAAAAGAUGUUAUUUGGACAUGGCAGCCUAAGUUUGUUAUCCCCGCACUUGGGGGAUCAAGAAUCCACCCUAGGCAAUAUGGGAAGUUUGAGACUGGACUCAAAAAAAAAGAGAGUGAUGCAAAUUAGCCGCCUGUCACCCUUUCAGAAAACAAGUCUGUGAACCAUGAGAGUCAAGAAUUAAAAUACAACUGUAUUAUGUGCAGGAAAAGCAGAAAUAUGUUCAUUUACUUUUUGUUUUCAAUAGGAUUAACUGUGAAGACUAAUUUAUAAAUGUGAAUUUAAGGAAACUUAA